AUGGAUAAAACUCAAGACUUGUGUGGUAGCUUAAUAAAAUGGUUACAAACUUUUGAAUUGGAAGCACCUCAUAGAACAGCUGAAGAUAUAAGUGAUGGGGUUGCAAUGGCACAAGCUCUUGCUCAAAUAGCUCCUGAAUGGUUUUCUGAUGCAUUCACUUCAAAAAUCAAGGCAGAUGUCAUAUCAAAUUGGAGAUUGAAAGCUAGUAAUUUGAAAAAAAUUGUUGAGGCUAUUGUUGAUUAUUAUCAAGAAUGUUUAAAUCAACAAUUACUCGACUUUAAGAAGCCAGACAUCAAUCAAAUUGCCGAAAAAUGUAAUAGAGAAGAGCUGGGAAGAUUAUUACAAUUAAUUUUGGGUUGUGCUGUAAAUUGUUCUCAUAAGCAAGAUUAUAUUACUAUUAUUAUGGGAAUGGAAGAAAGUGUACAGCAAGUUAUAAUGCAGUCAAUUCAAGAACUUGAAAAUGGGGGGGUUGCAGUGAGUAGUGAAGAUGCUCAAAUUCAAAGACUUAUGAUAGACAUAAAUAAAGCUGUGGAGGAAAGGAAUCAAAUGAAACAAAGAUGUCACGAAUUGGAUAUGCAGGUCAGUUUCUUACAAGAAGAAAAAGCUAAUAUACUUCAAGAAAACAAAAAAUUACAAGAAAGACUUCAGGAAGUAGAUAAUCCAUUAAAUUCCUCUUUAGUAGCAGGAAGUAAAUAUAAUACUUUAAAAAAAGAUUUUGAUGCCUUAAAAGAAGAAAUUUUUAGAGUUGAAACGUCACGAGAUGAUUUGCGCCUUAGAGUAGAAGCUCAAGAAUGUGAUUUAGUCGAACUGCAGAAUAAAGUUGAAGAACUUCAAGUUCAUGCAGAUGAGGCCAGGCAUUUAAAAGAUGAAAUAGAUAUUUUAAGAGAAACUGCAGAUAAGGUUGGAAAAUAUGAAUCCACAAUAGAAUCUUAUAAAAGAAAAUUAGAAGAAUUAAGUGACCUUAAAAGACAAGUUAAAAUUUUAGAAGAAAAAAAUACAAGUUAUAUGCAACACAAUUUAGAACUAGAAGAAGAAGUAAAAAAAAAUGGAACGUGGAAGCCACAGGUAGAAAUGUAUAAAAAACAGGUUGCAGAAUUACACCAAAAACUUUCAGAAGAAACUAAAAGAGCUGAUAAAUUUGAAUUUGAAGUUAAAAAAGGACAAGAAAAAAUUCUUGCAUUAACUAGAGAGAAAGAACACUUAAUUGUCGAAAGGGACUGUUUGAAAGAAACUAAUGAAGAAUUAAAAUGCACUCAAUUGUCGACAAUGCCAGCCGGAGGAGCACUUUCUGUUCACUCAGAUCCAAGGUAUGGCGAGACGGGAAUCGAAGAAAUGUUGCCUCCGGAAAUAAAAGAAAAAUUAGCGAGAUUAAUGAUGGAAAACAAGAUGUUAAAAUUAAAACAAGAAGGCUCUGGUAACGAACAGUUGCCCAUCGUUCAGGCAUUACUCGAAGAUGCAAAACAGCAAGUUCAAACCCUAACGUCUGAGAAUAGACUUGCUAACCAAAGAAUACUCAAGUUAGAAAGUCAAAUCGAAGAACUUCAAGCGGAGCGACCCGCAGAUGCAAAUUCGGAUACAUUAUCAUUAAGAAAAGAAUUGAUGGCUCUUCAAGCUUUUAGUAGAAAUUUAACUUUGGAACACGAAAAUCAAAAACAAAAAAUUGAGCAACAGGAAGAAAGUAUAGAGGAAGCCAGCAGGAAAAAUGUUCAUUUAAAAGAUACGCUUUCGAGAAAGGAAGCGGAAAUACAAAGUUUGGAAGAGCGAUAUAAGAAAUGCGUUGAAAAAGCUAAAACGGUUGUGGCUUCGUUCGAUCCCAAGCAAAAUCUUGAAUUAACGGCUUUAAAAAACCAACUAAUAGAAAAAAAUAAUUUGAUUCAAAGACUUGAGAAAAUAGAGGAAAUAAAUAAAAAUUUCAACACCGAACAUAAAUUUUUAAUAACAAAUUUUUAUCGUAUGGCAAGUCAAAAGCAAAGAGAAUCCGUAGAUCAAAGACUUGCCGGAUUGAGUUCAGGACAAUCAUUUAUGGUUAGACAAAGGCAACCCAUCAACAGAAGAUUACCCAACAAAUAA